GAGAAUGCAAGCACAUUUCAAAGCUCCAGAAACACUUCAGAAAAAGAUUUUCGACAACAAGACCAAGCCCGUUGCCAACAAUUUCUUGGAGGUAAACUUACAUGUGUAUCAGGAACCUGGAUGACCUUGGAUUCCAAAGUCUUUCAUCUAUUCAACAAGCGCCAUUGUUAAUCUCAGCAACCAAGCAGAGCUUUGCAGACCAACAUGGACUUCACAAGGACAUACAAAAGCAAAAGGAAAUACAUUAUUAUCGGUAUUUUGGCUGUAUCUGUUGUGACCAUCAUAUUAGGACUGGGUCUGGGGCUAGGGCUUCAGCUGCAGAAAUGCAAGAACAAGUUGCCAGAGACGUGUCGGAACCGUUGUUACGAGCCAUAUGACUACGCACCAAGCUGUCGAUGUGAUGAGGGAUGUGUCAAGAGUAACAGCUGCUGUUUUGAUUUUGCAGACAUCUGCUCCCAGCCGAUUGAGAGCUGGGAGUGCACAUCAUUGCGUUGUGGGGAAAAGCGUGUCCCUGGUAGUAAGUGUCACUGUUCUUCUGACUGUGUGGGUGCUGGAGACUGCUGUACCAACUACGACGUUGUUUGCAAUGGAAUGACGCCAUGGGUGCAGGAUAAGUGUGUGAACAUAACCAGCCCCAAGUGUCCUUCUAAUUUUAAAAGGCAGCCUCUGCUGCUCGUCUCUCUUGACGGAUUAAGGGCAGAGUAUCAGCAAACAUGGUCGUCCCUGAUUCCAGUUCUGGAUAAGCUACGAAAAUGCGGGACAUCCUCUCCUUUUAUGCAGCCUAUAUUUCCAAGUAAAACGUUCCCUAACCACUACUCCAUUGUUACGGGUUUGUACUCUGAGUCACAUGGGUUGGUAGAUAACAACAUGUAUGACCCUGAAUUUAAUGCCUCCUUCAGUCUGUCUAAUGCAGAGAAGGACAAGGCCAGAUGGUACCUAGGAGAACCGAUCUGGCUUACGGUGAUGAAUCAGGGGCUGCGAGCAGGGACCUUCUUCUGGCCAGGAUCAGAUGUUCAAAUCAAUGGAACCUUUCCAAACAUAUAUGAGAAAUAUAACGGAUCAGUUCCCUUUGAGCAGCGAGUUUUUAACGUAUUGAAGUGGUUACAGUUGCCUGAUGAUCAGCGACCUGAUUUCUACACCCUGUAUCUGGAGGAACCAGAUAAAUCAGGACACAACUUUGGACCUGUCAGUGGAGGGUUGAUCAGUGCAAUCCAAGGAGUGGACAAAGUGAUUGGGGAGUUGAUGAAUGGACUCAAACUGCUUAACCUUCAUGAGUGCAUCAACAUCAUCAUAGUAGCUGAUCACGGAAUGGGAGAAACAAGCUGUGACAGAAAAGAGGUUCUACAGAAUUUCAUAGGUGACAUCUCACAUCUCUAUGUGUACGAGGGACCCUUUGGUCGAAUCAGAGCAAAGAAUGCAGAAGUCAGCUUUGAUGCUGCAGGCUUAGUAGCGAGCAUGACGUGUAAGAAACCUGAUCAGAAGAUAAAGCCCUACCUUAAACCUCACCUACCCAAACGUUUCCACUAUGCGCACAGCAGACGCAUCGAGGACGUCAACGUGCUUGUUGACUCACUCUGGCUGUUCGAGAGGUCUCCACAGUCUCUCACUUUUUGCUCAGGUGGAAAUCACGGAUAUGACAACGAUUACCCUAGCAUGCAGGCAAUGUUUCUAAGUUAUGGCCCCAAGUUUAACUUUCAGACUGAGGUUGAGCCGUUCUCCAACAUCGAGCUCUAUAAUCUAAUGUGUGAUGUAUUAGAAAUCACUCCAGCACCUAAUAACGGCAGUCAUGGAAGUCUGAACCACAUGCUGCGCUCUCCAACUUACACACCUCAACCUCCAGUGGAGCAGAGUGCACCAGACGAGUGUCCCCUAGCCAGCCUGGAGCCCGCCGACCCCCUCGGCUGCUCGUGCCAUGUUCUGGGUGACUACAAUGCCAACACUCAACUCAACCUCUCUGCCACUGAAGUAUCGCAGAGCAAGAGCAAACACUUGUUGUUUGGACAACCCUUGGUGAUGCAGCUCAAAUCUAAUUAUUGUCUCCUGAAUCAUCAUGGAUUCAUCAGUGCCUACAGCAAACAACUACUCAUGCCUCUGUGGAGCUCAUUCACUGUGGAGAAACAGGCUGGAGAUAGUUCUGGGUCGUUCCCCGCAGUGAUUCCAGACUGCUUGAGAGCUGACGUAAGAAUCCCUGCCGGUCAGAGUCCUACGUGUAACCAGUACAACAGCAGCACUAAUGUCACAUACGCCUUCCUCUAUCCUCCCAAUCUUAACAGCACAAAAGAAGAGCAGUAUGACGGUCUGACUUUGAGUAACGUAGUUCCCAUGUACCCAGCAUUUAAAAAAGUGUGGGAGUAUUUCCACAAUGUUUUGCUGCUGAAUUAUUCCUCGCAGUAUAACGGCAUAAACGUGGUGACAGGACCUGCAUUUGAUUAUAACUUCGAUGGACAUUUUGACACAGCAGACCAGAUCAAGGACCUUGUUGCAGGCACUCGCAUUCCCAUCCCUACUCAUUACUUUGCCAUCAUGACAAGCUGCAUGGACUCAAAUCAGCCAGUGAACGAGUGUAAGGGGGAAUUACAGACAGUGUCAUUCCUCAUGCCGCACCUUCCUGAUAACUCUGAAAGCUGCAUGAGCAACCAGCCUGAGUCGACCUGGGUGGAGGACUUACUUUGGUUUCAUCAGGCACGUGUCAGAGACAUUGAAUGGAUCACAGGCUUAGAUUUCUUCGAAAAAAGCGGACGACCAAUUCCUGAGAUUCUGCGGAUCAAGACUCGUCCCACAGCUGCAAUUCACAAGAAGCAGUAAUUCAUGAUAUUUAUAUUUAUCUAGUCAUUUAAUAGCUUAUAAAAUAUAACCUCCAGUGAUCCAGUGAAUCACCCAAAACAUUUACUUACCGAUGCACUGAUUUCAUUUGCCUCUAUGUUUAUUUUUGCUUGAAGAACUGAUGCUGUCUUUCACAGAAAAAUUUGGUAUUUUAAUAUUUAAAAUGUAUAAUAUGAAACUGCUUUAAAAAUGCCUUUGGCUCCUGAUGACCUGAUAUCACAUGCUGCAUGUGUUUAUCUGAUCUGUAAAAUGAGUUUGCUAAGGGCCAGUAUUGGAUCAGUGAGUCGACAGACUGCUUUGAAACUUCCAUUCUGUCAUAACAGCCCACAUCAGUCAUUUAAAAAGUGUGCUUGUGGACUUUUAGUUCAUGAGAAUGACAGAUUUAAUUAGAACACAGAUUUUAGAUUGUUUUCCAAGUUCUUUAUCAAUAUUGAAAACUAACGAUUCUGAAACCUGAGUUUAUACCAACAUGACUUUCUGGAGUUUCCUGGGAAAUCUGUGAAAAUGUGUUCCAUAUGACUUUCUGUAAAUAUCAACAUAACACUAAAAGAACAAUAAUAAAACAAAAAGAACAUUUGGGAAUUUGGCAGGUAAACCAGUCAGGGAAACACUUUUAUCAUGAAAAGGCUGAAGAUCAAGACAAAGGCGUGUGUGUGAGGAGACAGACCAUAAAUGGUACACGGCAGCACAAACACAUUCUUCUUAAGAAUGAAAGGGUUGGUUGGGUUUAUUGUUCCAAUAUGUCCAGUUUUUAAAGUUUUGUCAAUUUUUACACCUAUUGUACCUUAGUCAUUUCUUUCUACUCCAUGCAGGUAUUUAAGUGUUAUGGUAUUGUUAUGGUAAGUGCUGAAGGUUGUGGUAGUUGCCAAAAAUCAAGGGGUUUACCAUUAAGGCCAAUAAAGUGGUGAAUAAAUGUCAAUAAAAAUGUAUAAUUUAUGCACAUAUAAAUCUUUCUCAUGAUUUAUAAAUCCUGCCUGUUGUGAAUUAAGUUAUGAUGGUUUAUAAUUUUUAUAAAGUGCGCUUUCCAAAACUGAAGUUUGAGAAACACUGCCCUAGGCUUACCUAAGAUACACUGUAAAGCUAAAAACCAUAACAGCUAAACAAUCACUUAAAUGCCAAGGGCAAUAUCAUUAAAGUUUACAGUAAUUUGUAAUGAAAGAUAAUAUGUAAUAAUUUGUGAUUUUUCCCACGGACAUGAAUAAAAUAUAUAUCUAUCUAUUUAUCUAUCUACAGUAUAUGUUACAUGAGAUUUUUUUUAUCAUUAAUCACUUAAGAUAAAACAACCUAAUAAGCAACUGAUGCUCAAGUUUGAACUGGUAAUUAAGGAUGUAAACUGGAUUGUUAACAAAAAUA